AUGCAUACACAUACCAAACCUCUUGGCCAGCGGAAGGUCUCGCCUCCCGGCCCGACUUUCAUGUCGAAUGACCAGAUGGGAUCUCGCCCGAUUCCAGGCAGGCCAGCUGCGUCAACACCGAAUCUCCAAGAUAGCCUUCCUCCCCGUGCAGCAUCCGCGCUCUCCACCUACCGACAACCCGACAGUCCUCCCCAGGAGAAUCCCCGUUCAGGCAGCGCCAUGUCCCACCGUCGCACAACUUCCCAGGUUCCGGGGAGUGGUCCUGCUGGCCGUCCCUUAGUACAGGAACCACGAUCGGUUUCUGUUCGCAAGAACAUGUUCCCCUCUCAAGUGUUUUCGCAUCCUGUGGCCGUGUCUCCAGUCCCGUCUUAUCGGGAGAGCCGCCAUCGACACCAAGAGAAAGAAGAAGCCCGAUCUUUACGCGACGCGUUGCAGGGAAUGGACAUCCAGGAUGACGUGCGUAUCCAUCAUGCUGCUCAGGACGAGGCCACGGAGUUGGUGUGGAUGCACCAGAACCCUGGCCAACAAUUCAAGAACCCUUUUGCGCCAUAUCGGAACCCCGAUACUAACAGGGACGGGUCUAUCCGUUCUCAAUCUCGAAAGAGUUCCGAGUCUUCCAACAAGUUCCGUCAUUCAGUUGCCUCGAUCGAGUCUUCAAGUGGUCCUUCGAGUCCGGAGUUUGCAGACAGCCAAGACGCGAAAGAGCGAAGACGAUCAUCUCUGGCCGGCAAUUUGAAAAAGAACCUCAAGGUUAACUUUGCAUUGCCAGGGGAACAGACACCUCAGACCAAUGUCGAUCCUGGCCACAAGCCUCGAACAGUCAGCGGGGACUCUUCCAAGGGAGUGUUUAGAAACCCCGAUGAUCACAUCUACGAAGAAUCCGACUCUCCCAUUAAAGAGGCAGCUGAAGUAAAGCCCGACUUCUCCAGGUCUGACUCCUCGGCUCUACAAAACAAGCCGCGUAACGUUCUCCCGCGUGCAACAAAGCCAUUGCCUUGGUUGCGUGAUCGCAAAUCCAACGGUUCCGUGCGAGACAAGAUCUCCCAGUUCGAUAUUCACAAGAACCCUCCCAGCCAAUCGCGAAACCCUAGCUACAUCAGAAACGCCCCAGCUCCGUCACCGCCUCCCACCCAGGAGCAACCCCCAGUCCCCAUGAGAGAUGGCAAAGAGAUCCGUAGUGGUGAUAUCCGGGCAGCCACGAGUAAAAAGCUCGCGGAUCGAAGCGAGAAGUUGCCCAUGCCGUCAGCUGUCAGUGAUCGAUUCGGGCGGCCGAUCGUGAGCUUUGACCCGAAAUGGCAACCCAGUGAUCAGCCGAAGCCCGUUCGCCAGAACUCAGCUGGCCGUGAUUCUGCAUCGCCGGCUCCCGCGCCAGCUCCUCCAGUGCCCAGCAUUGAGAUUGCCGCUCCCAGCAUUGAGGUGUCGGAGCCGCAACCGGCUUCGAUUCCAGUGAUCAGCGUCCCGGACAUCAAGGAACCCACAAUCUCGGAGUUCAGCGAGCCUACUCAGCAGCCAAACAAGUCCUCAAGGCCCUUGCCGCCUGCAACCGGCCACCGACACGCACCACCAAGAAGACAGGCACAAGAUCCACAGAACCGCACGUACACCCCGUAUACUCGGUCUGGCGUUCCGACUGCCAGCUGCAAGUCAUGCUCCCACGGAAUCUCCGGAAAGAUCGUGACCGCCGGUGGAUGCAGGUUCCACCCGGAAUGCUUCGUUUGUUUCCACUGUCACACUGCUCUCGAAUGCGUUGCCUUCUAUCAGGAACCCGAGGCCAACCGUGCCGAGAGACUCGCGAACGCACCGGAGGAGGACAACGGUGUGCCCCGGUUUUACUGCCAUCUGGAUUUCCACGAAAUGUUCAGCCCCCGCUGCAAGAGCUGCAAAACCCCCAUCGAAGGCGAAGUGGUGGUCGCGUGCGGUGCUGAAUGGCACGUCGGCCACUUUUUCUGCGCCGAGUGUGGUGAUCCCUUCAACUCUCAAACGCCCUUCGUUGAGAAAGACGGUUUUGCAUGGUGUCUCCAAUGCUAUUCCCGUCGAACCGCUCCACGCUGUUUGGGCUGCAAGCAGCACGUUUUGGACGACGUUGUCAUCACCGCCGUCGGUGGCCAAUGGCAUGAGAGCUGCUUUGCCUGCCACGAAUGUGGUGAUGGCUUCGGACCCGAGGGACGAUUCUUCAUACGCGAAGGUGAGCCGAAGCGCACAGCCAAGGGCCGUAUCAUCGGCGGACCUGUACAGCUGGCUAUUUGCGAGCGGUGCGAAGGAAUCCGGCUCAAGGCGCCGGGUAUGUGUUAG